GUCAGUGUUUGUCAGGUUCAACUCCAGCCAUGGUUUCCCAGUGGAGGUCGAUUCCAACACCAGCAUCUUCCAGCUCAAGGAGGUGGUUGCUAAGCGACAGGGGGUUCCAGCUGACCAGUUGCAUGUGAUUUUCGCUGGGAAGGAGCUUAGGAAUGACUUGACAGUGCAGGUGAAUUCCGUGAGCAUCUCUACGGCCAUUUCAGUCACUUCCCAAAUGAGCUGUGACCUGGAUCAGCAGAGCAUCGUUCAUGUCGUGCUGAGACCCUGGCGUGAAGGCCAAGAAAGGGAGGCCACUCGAGGGGACAGCCCACAAAAGGCCAUGGAUGGCCCGGAGAGAGAGCCUGAGAGCUUGACGCGCGUGGACCUCAGCAGCUCCAUCCUUCCCGCCCACUCGGUGGGUCUGGCUGUGAUCCUGAACAACGACUAUGAGAGGACCCUGCCUGCCGGAAGGCCAGCAGGUAGAGGAACCUACAACAGCUUUUAUGUUUAUUGCAAAGGCCCCUGUCAAAGAGUACAGCCAGGAAAACUCCGCGUGCAGUGCAGCACCUGCCGACAGGCAACGCUCACCUUGGCCCAGGGUCCAUCUUGCUGGGACGAUGUCUUAAUCCCAAACCGGAUGACCGGUGAAUGCCAAUCUGCAAACUGCCCUGGGACUGCAGCCGAAUUUUUCUUUAAAUGUGGAGCACAUCCGACCUCCGACAAGGAAACGUCAGUAGCUUUGAACCUGAUCACAACAAACAGUCGAGACAUCACCUGCAUAACGUGUACCGACAUCAGGAGCCCUGUCCUGGUUUUUCAGUGCAAUCACCGCCACGUGAUUUGCUUAGACUGUUUCUACUUAUACUGUGUGACAAGACUUAAUGACCGGCAGUUUAUCCAUGACCCUCAGCUUGGCUACUCUCUGCCUUGUGUGGCUGGCUGCCCCAACUCCCUGAUUAAAGAGCUCCAUCACUUCAGGAUUCUGGGAGAAGAGCAGUAUAACCGGUACCAGCAAUAUGGCGCUGAGGAGUGUGUGCUACAGAUGGGGGGUGUGCUGUGCCCCAGCCCCGGCUGCGGAGCAGGGCUGCUUCCUGAGCCAGGCGUGAGGGAGGUCACUUGUGAAGGGGGCAGCGGUCUGGGCUGUGGGUUCGUCUUCUGCCGGGACUGUAAGGAAGCGUACCAUGAAGGUGAAUGUGGUACCCUCUUUGAAGCCUCGGGAGCCGCUACUCAGGCUUACAGAGUUGAUGAGAAGGCCGCGGAGCAAGCUCGGUGGGAAGAGGCUUCCAAAGAAACAAUCAAGAAAACCACCAAGCCCUGUCCCCGUUGCCAUGUGCCCGUGGAAAAAAAUGGAGGAUGCAUGCACAUGAAGUGUCCACAGCCCCAGUGCCAGCUGGAGUGGUGCUGGGCCUGCAGCUGUGAGUGGAACCGCGCCUGCAUGGGGGACCACUGGUUCGACGUGUAGCUGCAGCCCCGAGAGCCAGCGCCCCCCACCGCCCAACCUGGAAAUGUAUAAAGGGUCCCGCCUUUCGCUGCUCUCUCUCCAAACUCUCUCCCUCUCUCCCUCUUGCAUGCACGCACACAGACACGCACACACCCCUCCAGUUCCUUCCAAAACCACAAAAACAAAGUUACAGGAGAAGCUCCUGGUAUACCUUUCUUUGUGCCCAGAGAAACAACAAGACGUACUCUCAGGCCUCAGCAACAUGCGGAGCCCAGAGCACAGAGGGGAAGUGCAUUCCACCUCUCCUAUGGAUCAACAUUCUCGGGGGGAAUUCAAGUCAGGCUGGAUUUAAGAAUGCAGAGAGAGAUUUCUCAGGUUUAAUUUCCUACAUUGUACCUUCAGCAAAGAUUGGGAAGAAACCAGUGGUAAGGAAAUAGUUUAAAGGGACUACUGUCAGUGUUCUCUGUAAGACGGCCGACAGGGGGUUCUGAGAAUUACAUCCUUGGCUUUAAGAGCAAUGCUCUCACUUAAAUUUUCAGAGUAUCUAUUCCCAAAGAACCACAAGCCAUAGUCAAAAUUCUGUGUUUAUCCCAAAGAAUUCUAACUUUAUAGAUCCCAUUGAUGGAAUAUCAACUAUGCAUAAACCAGCUUGUCAACUAGUGAGAACUUGUGGAAGUUAACUUGAAUGUUGAAUGUGGACCUUGCAGGAAAGAAAUCAAAACAUCAUGCGCUUCCUUUCCAUUGAAUUAUUUGAGCUUAGAAAGAAAUUGUUCUUCUGAAAACAUUACAAAGUCUGUAAUUUGAUUUUAAACAUUCAUUUUGCGGCUUGGGGAAUACGCUAGUACAUUUGGCUUCACUGUAACUCUAAUGGGUAAGGUCCUAUAGAGCAGACAUUUUUAGAAAUGGUUUUAUAAUGGUUCUCAAUGUUAGCAGAAGUGCAGGGUGUUAAGGCAGAAAUCUGUAAAGAAGCAUUUCCAGGGCUAACAAAAUGAAACCAAGACUGAUUGUGUACCAGAAAGGUUUCUGCUCUUUCUGCACCUGCUCGGCCCCCCAGCUGCACGCCCCAGGGGCUCAGCCCCCCGAAUGGGUUACCCCAAGGAGAGCUCUUCUCUGUGACAGUAGAGUCACACCAGAAGAUCCCCUCAUGUUGACAUGGAUCAAAAUGGAGUGUCCAGCAAGUUUUCAUCAUUUUUUUUUUGAGGCAUUCACAACACAUCAAAAAGAGAUGUGUUUGCCCCCAACGCACAGCCCUCAUUUUCCGUAGCACAGAAAUCAGAUGAAAAAGUCCAACCUCCGUCUCUGGUUCUCAUCACCUGUCUUCUCAGGGCUUCUCUCUGUAGACAUAGCGCCAGAAAUCCUUGCUGGGGGAGAGAGGGAAUGACCUCAGAAUAUUUCCUAAGGCCAUCUGUCCCUCUGUCCCUAGCCAUCCUCCCAGGGACAGUCCUGCCGGACCUCCCUUUGCCCUCAGAGGCUGGUCCUCAGACAAGAUGGGGUGUGGGGCCACAGCGGCAUUAUUCAGCCUCAUGUGGCUUCGCUCUGUCAGAAAAUCCAACCUCCCCAACGUGACCCCAGAGCUGCCAGACUCAUGUCACGAAGCCUUAGAGAUCAUAGCAAGGGAACAAAGAGCCAAGUUCUGUAAGCGUGAGAAAAAGGAAGGUCGCCAGGCAUGAGCCCACGUGCGCCAGGGGCUGGUGUCGGGGAGGGCACGUCGCUGACAAUCGCAGCAAGUAGCUUCUUACACUGACCCAGGGGGACAAAUGAGCGGCUCCCUGUGUCACGUGGAGCACCCCGCAUUUUAUGUCCAUUAUAGGUCUCGGGUUAGUGAUGCUGUUGUGACUGCUUCCUUCCAAAUUUGCCUGUUGUGUUGGGUGUGCGAAGCCCAAACAGGGUUUGCUCUUGGUCUCAGGGGUUCAGGCACAGUAGAAGUUUCUAGGGCUCUGCUCCUUUCCUGGUGCUGGUCCUUUUUUUUUUUUUUCCAGAAAAAAACACUGAAACAAGUUAAAGGAAAAAAACAGCCUCUGUAAAGGAAUGGGAAUCACAAACCACUAUAAAUGAACAUGUUUGAACAUGAAAUGUGUAACGGAAUGUGAAUAUAUCAAAAUAGAAAUAAAAUCUUUGCAGGAGAAUCUUUAUUUUUCUCUGAAAUGUGUAAAGGAAUAUUGGACAACUACAUUUAAGGUCGUAUUCAAAUUAUCAAUAAAAGCAUGAAAACAGCUUUUGAGUCUAUCUCUGAAGAUAGGUUUUCGGUAAAUGCUGGACGUGUUGG